CCCGGGGGAAGCAGGCAGCUGUCCGCGGGUGGGAGGCGUCUGCAGCUGGAAAACAGCAGCUCCGGUUUCUGAUCAGAUUUGGGGGUGGGGUGGGAGGUGUGUGUGGGAAAAGCCAAGCGAUGGGUCUUCCCUUCUUUUGACAACACUCUCCCCUUCAGGACUAAGGCUGCGCUGGAGGAAAAUAACUGCGAGGGAGAACCACUAAUCACCUCCGUGUGGGAACUAACUCGGGGGAGCAGCGUGUGCCGCCAGCCCCAGGAUAUUCACUGCCUCCAACCUGAAGUGAUUCCUCCUGGAACGGUUCAGUCGCCCCUGCAGUUCACCUUUGCCUGCAGUUAACGAGCGUGCAAUUUGGGUUUAAUGGAGCUGGGUUUAUUGUUCCUCUUUGGACUUACAAUUACGUCGACUGCAGGGUCCGCGCUGCCCCGGCCUCGCUCCCUGCCGCUGCCGGCCGGCGGCGAGCCGCGCUCGGCGGCGCUGGGGCAGAAGGAGCGGGAGGAGAGCGAAGCGGCGGCGGCUCCGGCCGGCGGCAGGGCCAAGGUGGACGGCGGGGGGCUGCGGCGCCGAGCCCGGCGCUGCACUUGCUACACCUACAAGGACAAGGAGUGCGUCUACUACUGCCACCUCGACAUCAUCUGGAUCAACACCCCCGAGAGGACUGUGCCAUAUGGGCUGUCUAACUACAGAGGCAGUUUUAGAGGCAAAAGGUCUACAGGCCAGAUUCAAAGUACCUUCCAGUCUUCAUUUCGGUGUUCUUGUUUGGAUGCUCAUGACAAACAGUGUAUGCAGUUUUGCAGAAGAAUGCAAGACAGAAGAAGAAAUCAUGGAUCAAUGAAAAAGACAGAGGAGAAAGACCAAUGCAGGGAAGAGGAACACACUUUCAUUCAGUAGCACAGAGAGUUUGGAGGAUUCUGAACAGUCAGCUUUAACAUUUAUUUGCUGAAGCUCAGAAGCAAGAACUUAAACUACAACUCUCCCUUGAGAUGCACAAACUUGACGCUUCAGUCUGAUGCCAGUGGAGAAUUCAGCAGUAUGCAACACUUUCAUUUCAACAAUGCCACUUUGAGGGCAUGUGAACCUGUAUGAAGAAGCUUUCUCCCACGCUCCCCUCGCGAGAGUCUCAGUAAAGGAUAAUCUUUAUCAUGUAACCUGGCAGGGAAUGUAUCACUGUCGAAGAAAAACUCAAAGACAGAUCCAAACUUCAGCAACAUAAAGUUUCAGGAAACAUUUUUCUGUGAGAUUUAAAAAAGUACAAUGGAAACAUACUGUUCCACUUACUGCGUGCUAUGUGCCUGAAGAAUCCAUCCACAACUUUAUACAGGCAACUGUAAUCGGAGAAUGUGAUCAGUUAGAGAGAGAUUGCCUAUACAUGAGUUCUCAUUAAGAAUAAAUAGAUGCAAAAUAUUUCUCUUGUUAAUGUAUGCAAGCCUGAAUCAUCGUAUUGUAACUUCAUGGCAGAUGUUUAAAUGACAGUAUCUAUGCAGAAUAAAUAUGAAUGGCUAAUAUAAAUAUUAUUAUAAACUAUAGCAAGUUAAGAGUAUACAUUGAGCAUUCAAUAGAUUACCUAAUUUAGGCACAAAUUAUUCCUGCACUUCAAAGUUCCAUUCAAAAACAUUUACAGUGAUUAUUUAAGGAUGCACUGUAGUUGAUGAACAGAACUCCAAUUAUUCAUCCCAAAGAAUUUCCUAAAGAUGAAAGGGUAGGACUGUGGAACUUCACAUGAAACUUCAUACAAUCAGAGUAACUUACUGUACUAGACCGUUUGCUAUUCUAAGCCCCUACAUACAUUAUCAUCCCCAGUACAUACAUUCAUCUUUGCUAGUACUAUAAAUCACAUUUUUAUCUCUUCAUUGAAACAUCAUCAGUGAAUAACUUGGAAACUUGGCAAUAAGGAUUAUAUCCAACCCUAGACAUUUUUCAAUGUAAAUGAUUUCUUCAGAAAUUAUGGACUUUUUUUUUGAUAGGAGGAUGCAAGAGUAAGCUAGGAAAAAGAGUAACUUUUGCAAAUCCUGUUCUAUACUAUUUAAAAAGAAAGAGAGGAAAUCCCUUACUUGUGACAUUACAGAUAUUUUUUUGGUUUGACUGACCUUCAUGCAGACUUUCCCCGGGGCACAUAGGUUAAACUACAACCCAAUGACAUUAAAUUAUAUUUUAUCAGAAGAAAGAUGGAGACCAAAAGAAAAAUGAAAAGAAAUUAACAGUAAAAAUGGUUAUAUAGGCUUAAAAUGAUGGUAAUAGACUUUGUUUGAAACAAGAAAGGGAGGUCUUUGCCAAAAUAUAUAUGAUAUAUUUUAUAUAUAUGUGGAUAUAUUUCAUAAAUAAAUUAUUAUAGUUAUAAAAUUAAAUAUAUCUUUCAGUUACUGCAUUUGUAUCAGUUUCUUACUUGCUGUACAAAUGAUUUUGUACAUUCAUAGAAAAUAGAUUAUUUAUUGUAUAAAAACACUUCACAUACUAUUUUCCCAUAAUUUUUAAAAGACACUGUAUAGUUUUGGGUUUUUUAAAAAAUAAUCAAGCUUUGUUAUGAAGAAUGCUUAAUGUUCAUUUAUAACCACCAACUGGAAUUUCCCACCCCCCCCGAAUGUAUACGCCCAGGUCAUACAAAAACUUGCCGCCUUCAAGAGAUUGAUAGUUCUCCUAACAGUUUGAGAAUUGAAUAUGAAAACAUAAUAAAAAAUUCUUUGAUAAUAA